ACAGCGCUUUGCAGCAGACCAAAUCGAUCAUCCUGUGCGGAAUCAGACUUGAAAUGCUUCGGAUCGAUGGGAAGCUUGGCAGGAGAUAAAAGGAGGGUGGUGAGGAAGCCCAUGUUGGACGGGAGGAUCGUCGGAGGGGAAGAUGCGGAAGAGGGAGAAAUCCCGUGGCAGGUCUCACUGGAGACCUUUGGCAGCCACGUUUGCGGAGGAUUCAUCCUCGAUGAGAUGAACGUCAUCACUGCAGCCCAUUGCUGCGAUGCUGUCUCCUCCUUCACCGUUGUGGCAGGAGAGUACGAUCGUUUCCAAACCAGUGGGAAUGAGGUUGAGGUCGAUGUGGCAAGAAUGAUUCCGCAUGAGGAUUACAACGGGUUUGAUCUCACUGCCGACAUCUGCCUCCUCCACCUGGAAUCUCCAUUGCCUUUCAAUGGUUUCAUUGGACCUGUAGCCAUGCCCAAGCAGGGCGAAGACUGGAUCGGUGAAUUGAUGUCCGUGUCGGGUUGGGGAUCAACAUCGGAAGGAGGUUCCUUGUCGAACAUCCUUCAAAAGGGUGACUUCGUCGUCGUGGCUGACGAGGAAUGUGAUGAUUACUACGCCAGCUUCGGAGGCAUCGACUUCGAUUCGCAUAUCUGCGCCGGCAACAUGCCAGAGGGUGGUAUCGAUUCCUGCCAGGGUGACUCCGGCGGACCGAUGUUCGAAACCAGCGGCAGGCGCAUCACGAUCGGAAUCACGUCGUGGGGAGUCGGCUGCGCCCGACCUGAAUUCCCUGGGGUCUACACUCAACUCGCCACUUACACGGAUUGGGUGGAAGCGAAUCGUCAACGAUUU